AUGGAUCCUCAACCUAUCGCCCAGCUUCUCCAGCUCAGCUUGGAUCCGAAGCAGCACAAGCAAGCCGAAGCUUCGAUCAAGCAAAAAGAAAGCGAGCCGGCAUUCUCGCUGGCUCUUCUUCAGAUCGUAGCAUCUGACUCCUUUCCUCUCCAGAGCCGCCUGGCAAGCUCGUUAUACUUCAAAAACUUUGUGAAGCGCAACUGGACGGAUGUAGACGGAAACUAUAAACUUCCUGAAGAUGAAGUUGUCGCAAUCAAGAGAGAGCUCAUUGGGUUGAUGGUAUCUGUGCCAUCAGCAAUGCAAACGCAGCUUGGAGAGGCAAUUAGUGUCAUCGCAGAUAGCGACUUCUGGGAACGAUGGGAUACCCUUGUAGACGAUCUUGUGUCGCGCCUCACCCCGGACAACACCAUAGUCAACAAUGGUGUGCUUCAAGUCGGGCAUUCCAUCUUCAAACGCUGGCGACCGCUCUUUGUUUCGGAUGGACUAUUCACAGAGAUUAAUCACGUACUCGGAAAAUUCGCGACACCUUUCCUUACACUAUUAGCGAAUACCGACAGAUUGAUCACUGAGAAUCAAAGCAACAAAGACGUCCUUCAACAACUCUUCACCACAUUGAAUUUGCAAAUGAAGCUUCUGUUCGACCUCUCGUGUCAAGAUCUACCUCCUGCUUUCGAAGAGAAUCUUCCUGCCAUUGUAGGACUGCUCCAUAAGUACCUCACGUACGACAAUCCUAUUCUCCACACCGACGACGAGGCCGAAUCAGGCAUUCUGGAGUUCGUCAAGUCAGGCAUAUUCGAGGUCCUUACGCUAUAUGUCCUAAAGUUCGAGGAAGACUUCCAUACAUAUCUCGGGCAGUUUGUCCAAAGCUCAUGGCAUCUUCUGACGAAUGUGGGCACGGAGACGAAAUAUGACAUACUGGUCAGCAAAGCAUUGCAAUUCCUGACGUCCAUCACACGGAUCAAGUCUCACGCCGAGGCUUUCAACAGUGAGGGCACACUUGGUGAAGUUGUCGAAAAAGUCAUCUUGCCCAAUUUAUCGCUGCGCGAAUCAGAUAUUGAGCUUUUCGAAGACGAGCCAAUCGAGUUCAUUCGACGAGAUCUGGAGGGAUCGGAUAACGACACACGCAGACGUGCGGCUACAGAUUUCCUUCGACAGCUUAUGGAGCAGUUCGAACUUCUCGUAACUCAGGUCGUGACGAAGUAUAUCAAUCAUUAUCUGUCCGAUUUCUCCUCGAGCCCCAAGAGCAAUUGGAAGUCGAAAGACACUGCAAUCUACCUGUUCUCGUCUAUAGCAGCAAAGGGUCAGAUCACUGCGGCCGAAGGUGUCAAAUCUGUCAACACCAACGUAAAUGUACUCCAAUUCUUCUCCACUAACAUUGCAGAGGACUUGACGUCCGAUGACACCCACCCAAUCUUGACUGUGGAUGCUAUCAAGUUCGUUUAUACAUUCCGAAGCCAGAUCUCGCGAGAAAAUUGGCAACAAGCCUUUCCCCUACUGGUCAAGCACUUGGGCUCUUCCAAUUAUGUCGUCUACACAUAUGCCGCAAUCGCGGUGGAACGAGUGCUCCAUCUUGCUGCAGAAGACAUGCAGCCCGUCAUAGCGAGAUCUGAUAUCACACCACUAGCCAAGGACCUUCUACAGCACCUCUUUACACUUAUUCAGAAGGAUUCCGCACCAGAGAAACUUCAAGAGAAUGAGUUCUUGAUGAGAUGUGUUAUGAGAGUGCUGAUAUCCAUUAAGGACGGCGUGCUCCCAAUCUGCGACAUGGUCGUGCGGAAUUUCGUCAAUAUCACCAAAGUCAUCAGGCAUAACCCCAGUAACCCGCGGUUCUACUACUUUCACUUCGAAGCUAUUGGGGCUUUGAUCCGGUUCGCAGCACCCUCGCAACCCGAUGUGCUUGAGAAUGCUAUAUAUGAGCCAUUCGCAGCCAUCAUCCAAACUGAUGUCCAGGAGUUCGUGCCUUACGUCAUUCAGAUAUUUGCCGCUCUUCUUGAGGCCAAUCCUACCCGCCCACUUUCAGACUUCUACAGGAGCCUCUUGGAGCCGAUCUUAAUGCCGAACUUCUGGGAAUCCAAAGGCAAUGCUCCCGCUUUGGUUCGACUAUUGACAGCCAUGAUACCGCGAGCUGCAGACGACAUUCUGAAGAACAAUCAGCUCGAACCGAUCCUGGUCAUAUACCAGAGCCUUAUCUCCAAGAAAGCCACUGAUUCGCAGGCGUUUGAGCUCAUCGAAUGUGUUCUUGGAACAUUCCCGUCAGCUGCAUUGGAGAACUAUUUGGUCUCGAUUGUGCAACUCAUGCUACAGAGACUGUCGGGUUCGAAGACGGAAUCUUUAACACAGCGCUUUAUACGAUUCUUCCACUUCAUCUCUGCCAAGGAUGAUCGAGGUCUGGGUACCGACUUCUUUAUCCAAUUGACAGACAAGAUACAGCACGAUGUCUUCAAACAAUUGUAUCUCUCCAUCAUCCUUCCAGACACUCAGAAGCUGUCUCGUCCGUACGACCGGAAGACUGCCGUCGUGUCAUUCACCAAAAUCCUGGCAAACUCAGAGGCAUUCAUUACCAGAUAUCCCAAGGGCUGGGCAUUGACAUGCGAAGCACUUCUCAAAUUGCUCAUCAAUCCACCGGUUCCACCAAAGGCCGACGAUAUGAUUCCUGACCAAGAUACAGACGACGUUGGAUUCGGAGUCGGCUUUACCCCUCUGAGUACAUGUCGCAGACCCCCUGUCGAUCCGUAUCCUGAAAUUUCAGACAUUAAGUCAUGGGUUGGAAUUACGCUGAAAGAUGCGGACGCUCGGCAUGGUGGACGCAUCAGCAAAUGUGUUCAGGAACGACUAUCAGAACAAGCACGUGAGACGCUUGUGGCGUAUAUGAGCGGUUGA